AUGGUCUAUGCCUACUUCAUCCGGCAACUACGAAUAGACUGUUACUUAUACAGAAGUAUUGCGGCCACUACUUCCGGCGAAGCAAUCUAUCAACUUUUUACGUUUUACUUUGUUUCACCACCUCGCUCGUCAGAUAUUUGCAUUAGAUGUUGCCGCUUAGACUGCUGCUAUUCGAUGAAGAUGGGAGAAGUCAGGAAAACGAAAACUUUUCACCUUUCAUUCAAUGAAGCCAUUCUGUGUUUUCUCCAAAGCGACAGCUCUAAUCUAUCGAAUAUAGCGACACUGACACUGAGGCUGCUCCCGCUGAAGAAUUUUUACUAGCACAGCGUCUACUGUAUCCACCACCUUGCACGCACCCCACGGUAUACAUAAUUUGCGACUAAGACGAGGUUGUAUAGGUAGAAGUACUUCUUAUAACUAAGUAAAACGAAGUGGAAGUAUAUGGGUCUCGGGCUGGCGGAGAUGGAGAUUGAUGGGGCCACGUUUUCUUUGUCUGCACUCUUUUCAAGAAACUAAAAGUUUUCUAUUUGAGUGGAAAGAAAGUCUUCUAGUCUCCGUCUUGUCCUCCUUCUCCUAGUGUCUUCGUCAUUUACUAGAGGAGGACUCAUUUAUAUGUGGUAGCCUGGACGAGGACGAGUCGGAUCUCAUCAUUUCGUGAGGGAAGUAACAGCAAAGGGUCGAUUGGGUCAGUGGAGUAGUUUUAAUUUUUUAGUUCUACUUUAACUUUCUUGUCGUGCGCGUCGCAUUGCUUUUGUUUUCAUUCGAAAAGGUUUGUUGUAUGUCUUGUUGAUCCUCAGUCUUUCUCCAUCUCGCACUACUUCCUGUUCAACAUCAUGAACCUGUAGGGCUGGGCUGGAAAGAGGCGACAGAUUGGCUUGGCAUCGGCCGCGUGUUUUAGACACUAAGCACAAAGCACAUUCGCAAAUGGCCACCAUCUACGACGCGACAGGCAUUAAUCAGCUAAAAAGUAGAAGAUCUUCAUCCUCGGUCGUACGAAGUUACACAUACUUAAAAACAUACUCAUGCUUAUUUUUCCCGAACAAGAUUAUUUAUCAUGAUGUAUCGUCAUUGUCCCCGUUUCGAUAGAUAGGUUGUCGGGAAAGAAGAUCUCUGAGACUGAGACCUCUUCAAAGAGUAUGACAUUUAUAAGGGUCGUGGUUAGCAAGAAUAAAUCUGAAACUGAAUGGUCGUGCGAGGGAGUGACGGCUGCACAUUGAUACUCGCGAUUUCUUUUGUUGAAAUUUCUUUUCGUGUUUCAAGUCCAGUAUACAUGAGGUUUGAUGGCAAUACGAAUACUUAAAAGGUUCUAGUAAAUCUUCUAUCUCUGUGUUUCACACCGGGCAGCGGUAGUAGACGAAUUCGUUUCAUGAAGAAGUAUGUAGAUGUAGAACUCGAGAAAAUAACUCUAUUCAAGGGUUGGUUGCUUUGUUGCGGUUGCGCUGGGGUUAGCAAUUGGCCCGCAGAGUAGACGUACCGCGAAAUGAAUGCUCGUCCUCGUAAUGAUAAUGCGCACUUUUUUCGGAACGUCGGCUGUGGGCGCACCAGUAUUAUAGCUUUUAUGUUUGGGCAUGCCUCAAGGAUAAAGCCGAAUCAGCCUGGCUGUUUCUUGUGUUUCAUUGUAUCUAAAUCUAUAAGUUGGGAUUUCUUCCUUGAAGAAUUGAAAAAAAUGUAUAUCCAAAAAGUUAAUAUAAUCUAAGGAGAGUGAUCGUGAUACUGAAGAAGUCAUUGUUCUUGUUCCGUGUCUACCAUUUCUACCGUGUCUACCAUUUCUACUGACUUUUAUGGUCUGACUUUUACGGUCUGGAGGCUGGGAACAAACGCUUCUUCUUGAUGGGACUUUUUGAUAGACUUCUUGGACCUUAUACAUUUAGAUUUGUGUUGUGCUGGUAGUCAAACAAGACUCCAGCUUUUUUUACAGAUAAAUAUUGGUAUUGCUAUUUCUAUUGGUUGUAUUAUCGUUCCUCGUCAUCGUAUCCGAGCCAUCUACAACCGCAUUUUUCACAUUUUUUAGCUAGAAGAAGUACGCAUAAUUCGUGUUCACAUACAUGUACAUCAGUGUGACAGUAAUAUAGUGAUCUUGAAGUAGUAGGACCACCCGUCUUCCUGACUGGGUAUAAUUUCAUCGUCACCAUUCACAUAGUUUCUGAUGUCUUGUUAAGUGAGAUUCUCUGUUUCACACAACUUUGAUGACUCUCUCGACGCUGUUUUGUGGCACUGCUAUGACAUGAUCCUUCUCAGAAGGGGUUUUCAUUUUUUGAAGAAGCGCACAAAGUCGAGAUCAUCGUCAAAGUUGUAGAGAGUAAAUCACAAGGCAUUCUCAUCUACUUCUACUCACUAUUGCUCCUUCUUAUGAAAGAUAUUACAGAAAAUAAUUGUCAUAUGAUACGUAUCUACUAACAUGACCUCAUUAUAAUUUUCUUGAGCAUCGAUUUUGAUCUUUGUUACUUCGUAGUUCGAAUAGGUAUACAACUUGACGUGAAACCUAUGGAAAAAAAAAUGACUUGAACUUGAACUUGAUCGAGGCCCAUGGACUUAAACUUGAACUUGAACAACCAAUAGCAUGAAUCUGACUUAUGGGCAGCAAUUGCAAUAUGCUGGUAGAUGUUGUCCUCACAAAGACCUCCAACUAGCGGUCGGCUGAGGCCGCGAGCAUAUUGGCGCCAAUAUCCCAUUCAUACUUUCAAUAAGAUCAUGGCUAUGCUCAUUUAUCAUUAUCAUAGAAGAGUAUAAUAGUAAUUUGCCCUUUUCUAGACCUCCUCGUCCUUCACUACUCCUGUCGUCUGUCCUGCUGUGUGGUUAUAAGUGUUAAGUAUAAGAAGAAGCAGGAGGAAGCUUUCAAUCAUAUACAUCCAGGAGCAGCUACGAACUGCAGCAAGUACCUUGAGCAUCUCAGAUCGUUUUCUACUGUUGCAGCGAGGGCGUAACAAGUUGCGAGUAGAUACAGCACAACUAAUAUGUAUAUGAAAACAUCAUGUAUCUGUAGGUUGUCCAAUGCUAUCGACGACAAGCUGUAGUAGGACUCGUCAGAAUGAAUUAAUGAAUCACCGGAGAUCGAGAUCGAGAUGUAGGAGGACGCAAGAAGCUAACUCGUCGUGUAGUUCAUUAAGGGAGCAGUAUGAUGAUCAAUGUGAUGGACACACGAGUCAUAGUGAUGUGGGAAAACAUCUCAAAUACGGAAAUAAAUGGAUAUGUGAACAACAUCAACAUCAAGAGUAUGUUCUAUUUUCUUAUCUAGAUUUUGAUCUUGGUUUUCUGUAGGACUAGGACUAGGAGUAGAAGUGUUAGGUGGUCCACAUCAACAUUGAUGUUCCUGUUUUUUGAUCGGCUUUGAAGAUGAACAAAAGUGAAGAUAUUUGAUCAAUGAACGACAACUAGUGCUACAGAUUUUAUUCGAACUAAAGACAAGGAAGCAUGAUGUAGUUCUUAUCCAAUUAUUUGCUUGUAUUAUAAGUUGAAAGCUUCAACACUACUUGGAAAAUUUAGACACAGUUGGAUCUUGGUCUCCUUAUGGUAAUUCUCUUCACGAUGAUUGAAUUUGAAAUAACGACAGGAGGAGCGUUAUGUUGGGGAUGGUGUCGUUGCUCAUAUCUCAUUGAUAAAUUUGGGAACUUAGUUAUAGUGCAGUUCUUGUUGUUUUUACAUACUGGUACCAGUAGUUUUCGAUAAUUCAUAUUCAUCAUCAACAGAGUGAGAACUAGGAAGGGUGCAGAACAACAAGCUCCGCUCGAGCAGAACAAGGGCCCAACAAAAUCGAUGAUGACCACAAGAACUUGACAUCCAGUAGUAGUACCGACAACUACAAAUCGACAACGAGAACCGGCUUUACAGUCCUCGACGAGGAGGACUCAUGCUUGUUUAUCUUAAUUUGUGCCAAUCAACAUCAAAAAAAAUGCUCAAUUUGUGCAUACGAAUUUAGAAAUGACGAGGUGCU